GAUUGUUCUGUGUCAUUUAAUCUCAAUUUGAUGUUCAAGCAGCAUCAUUUAAAUUUUAGAACCAAAAGAACUCAAAUCCAGCCAAGAUGCAAUUCACAUCCUACCUACUAAUAUUACAACUGCUCCAUCUAAUCUCCGCUUCAUCGCCAGUCGACAAAUUCCCAGAUCCAUACGACUGCAACUCUUUUGUGACUUACCACGGUAAAGAAAAAGAAGUUUGGUCAUGUGCUGCUGGUCUACAUUUCAGUCCAACUAAGUUCGAGUGUGUCUCACCUGGCGAAGCUAAGUGUCAUCGAGAUUAUUGGUGUCCUGAAGUUGAUGAUGUCAAAAGUCCUGUUUUUGUGGCAGAUCCAGUUGACUGUAAAGUCUACUACCACUGCUCAUAUGGAACACCAAUCCGAAAAGUCUGUGAAGCUGAUCUGUGGUGGGAUAUUGUCAAUAAAGCCUGUACAUCCAAAGAAUUUGUAACCUGCGACAAACGAGCUAUAAUAAAUCCAAAUAACUUUAAAUUUUACGAUGGAUCAACCGUGAAAAUGUCGGAAGUUGCAGCUUUAAAGAAGCCUGAAUCAUCAUUUACUACACAAACUGAAGCUUCCCCAAGAAAAGUCAUCCAAACUGUUACAUCAGCCCAAAAACCAAAGAUUGAAGUUUGCAGUCAAAAGAAGGAUUUAUUUGAUGGACCAAAUUACCUCAAAUCAGUCUGUCUUGUUCAUGCAGCAUCAACGUACGAUGCAGCUAAGGAAAAAUGUACAAGCUACAACAUGAAUCUAUUCAUAAUUGAUGACUUUACAGUUGAAACUCAGUUUUAUGAUGCAGUGACUGUCUUACUUGCCAGCUAUCCACGUGGAUCUGUGUGGAUUAAUGGAAAACGCGAUGGACAUGCCAAAAAAUUUAAAGUUUUUAAUGCUGAUGGAUCAAUUGAUGGACCAUUGUCCAAGGAAGUCACUUUGUACAGCAGGUUUAUAGCUGGUAACUGCCUUAAAUUCUCAGGUGCUUACGGUCCAUAUCAAGCACAGCCAGGACCUUGUACAGAUGCACUUUGGUUUAUUUGUGAGCAUCAUAAAAGAACUGAAAUUCAGCCACUGUUGGACACAACUCCGUGCCUUCAUAAAAGAGACCUUCGGUUUGGUGGAAAUUACAUAAAAUCAAUGUGCAUGAUCAAUGUCGCGUACACGUACGAUGAAGGAAGAAGAGCAUGCGCCAAAAAUGGAAUGAAUCUUUUUAUAUUCGAUGAUAAAGUUGUUGAAGAAGCUUUCCAUGAAGUCGCUGAGGAUGUGAUGAAGACAAUUGCUGGAGGCUACUUAUGGAUCAAUGGGAUACGUGACUUAGUGACUAAUCAAUGGAAUGUCUUCAGUGCCAACAGAACAAUUCAAGGUCAACUUUAUAAAGAUAUUGAGUGGGUCAACAAGGAUGCAAUUCGUGGGAAAACUAAUGGCGAAUGUUUAAGGUAUUCUGGACAGUAUGGACCUUAUCAAGCACUUGGUGUUGCAUGUACCGAGAAAAGCUGGAUUGUAUGUGAAUAUUAUGAAUAAUUUU